GACGCCCUCAGCUGCGUCUGUCAACAGUCUGGCCCCAGUGAGAAGUCCAACUCCAGGCCACGGUCACUCUAGUACACUUUUCUUACUGUUAACAUCUGUGAAAGUUCCUCAGUUUCACUCUCAGCAGUUUGGGAGUCUUCAUGUCUGUAGUGCACAUGUCUUGGUAAAUAGACAAUCAACAUGACUAAUAGCAGUGAAUCACUGGGCCUUGUUAAUGCUGUGGAGUAUCUGGAGGAGGAGGAGAAAGAUGUGUCCCCAUCACACCCUCAAGGUUGACAGCACCAGUAUGAAGAAAAAAUAUGUUCAAAGUGUUACAACAGCCUUCACCAGUUGUGUGGUGUGUUAGAGCAGCCUUGAGUGGUGUGGCUGCUUGAGAGCUUACUUGUUCUUCACAGAGACACAACACUACAUCAGUGGAGUAGACACAUCCCUGGAGGAGACUGUGGAUGUUCUUGACGGCUGCACACCUGCUGAGAAUAAAACAAAACCAGUUGAACCAGAAUGUCGUAGUGGGGCUGUAGGGAAUAGCAUUUUUUAUGUUGAUGACCAGCAGGAGAGUCCUUCAGAUGAAAAUCGUGGUCAACUCAACAUGUUGUCAGCCGCUUAUGAGAGUUUGGAUUAUGACACCUGUGUUAAUUCUGCUUGGCUCGACGAAGAGCGUACUAUGGGUUACAAAUACGUGGUGAAGAAGGACGUGGCCCGCUGGCUGGUGGUGUUGCUGACAGCUGUUCUCACAGCUCUGGUCGCAUGUGUUAUUGACAUGGCUAUUGAAUGUCUCUCAGGAUACAAAUACACAUGGUUGAAACAAUAUACUGAUUAUGGUGUGGCAACUAAUUUAAUGAUUAUUCCAUUUUUGUUAUGGGCUGCUAUGAAUAUUGGCCCAACUUUGCUAGCUGCCUUUCUUGGGUCAUACAUUGAGCCUGUGGCAGCCGGCAGCGGGAUUCCCCAAGUGAAAUGUUACCUGAAUGGUGUGAAGGUGCCACGAGUUGUAAGAAUAAAGACCCUGGUGAGCAAAGCCCUGGGAGUCAUUAUGUCAGUUCUUGGUGGACUGGCUGUUGGCAAGGAAGGGCCCAUGAUCCACUCUGGAGCUGUUAUAGCAGCAGGUGUAUCACAAGGAAAAACAACUUCAUUCAAACAUGAUUUUGGAUUCUUUGAAUACUUUCGUGAAGACCACGAGAAACGAGAUUUUGUGUCUGCUGGUGCUGCUGCUGGUGUCGCUGCUGCCUUUGGUGCCCCAGUUGGUGGAGUAUUGUUCUCAUUGGAGGAGGGAGCCAGCUUUUGGAACCAGGGCCUCACAUGGAGAGUCUUUUUUGGUGCCAUGAUGUCUACGUUCACACUAAAUCUAGUCCUCUCAGCCUAUAAUGGCUUUCCAGGUAAACUUAAUUACAAUGGUCUCCUUAAUUUUGGCAAGUUUGAUGAUCUGACUUAUGAAAUUUGGGAAUUCAUUCCCUUCUUGCUGAUGGGAGUCAUGGGAGGUCUGCUUGGAGCCUUGUACAACCACAUCAAUUUGAAGCUCACUGCCUUCAGGAUGAGGUAUAUUCAGAAGCCAUGGCAGAAAAUAAUAGAGGCAGCUGUGGUUGCCUUCGUGACGGCCGUAGUAGCUUUCCUCAUGAUGUAUUUAAUUCAUGAUUGUCGCGCCGCUGAUACACAAAGCUCAGAGUAUCCUAUACAGAUGUUUUGUGGUAUUGGUGAAGAAAAUGCAGCUGCAGCAAUAUGGUUUCAGACUCCUGAAAGGAGUGUGAGAUCAUUGUUUCAUGAUACUUCAGACUCUUAUCACUGGUCAACUAUAGGUGUGUUCUUUGUGUGUUACUUCUUCUUGGCAUGCUGGACAUAUGGCCUGGGGAUUCCUGCUGGACUCUUUAUCCCAACACUUCUGUGUGGAGCUGCCUGGGGCCGGCUCGUAGGAAUGCUCUUGUGCCUCUUCUUCCCCGAUCAGAAAUGGGUUGAUGAAGGUAAAUAUGCACUGGUUGGGGCUGGAGCAAUGCUUGGCGGUGUUGUCCGGAUGACGCUCAGUUUGACCGUAAUCCUAAUGGAGUGUGUGGGUAACAUAACGUUUGGCUUACCACUCAUGAUUGUUCUCAUGGUGGCUAAAUGGGUAGGAGAUUUCUUCAAUGAGGGUAUCUACGAUAUCCACAUUCAAAUGCAAGGUGUCCCUAUUAUGGCCUGGGAUGCCCCACCUCUGUCAAACAACAUCUAUGCCUCAGAAGUAAUGAAUAGGCCUGUUGUCACCUUAAAGAGUGUUGAGAGGGUUGGUCAUAUUGUGAACAUUCUCAAGGCCAACACAUACAAUGGUUUCCCAGUUGUAGACUCUAUUCCAACGAGUGAAAAUGUAUGCUACUUCAAGUCAUUUGGCACCCUGAGAGGCGUCAUCUUGCGCUCCCAGCUCACAGUCUUGUUAAAACACAAGAUCUUCAAUGAAAAUGCUGAAGUGUGGCAGAAUAGCAAAGUGGAUAUCCAUCUAUUUCGCAUCUCCUAUCCUCGCUACUUUACUCUAGAUGAAGUUGAUUUAAAUCCUGAGGAUAUGAACUGUACGGUGGACCUGAGACCAUUUUACAACCCGUCCCCAUACUCAGUGGUAACCUGUACAGCUCUGCCCAGGAUAUUCAACCUUUUCAGGGCCCUUGGCUUAAGACAUCUCAUUGUAGUGAAUGACAAUAAUGAAGUCGUUGGGAUGGUCACGCGUAAAGAUCUAGUCAAAUACAGAAUUUGGAAACAUAGGGGGCAGAUGGGUUUAGAAGAACUAGUUAUAUAUAAUAAUGUGUCAUAAUGGUGGUGUUAAUAUGACUAAUUCAAUAGAGUUCAUAUUUUUUAAACAAAUAAAUUAAGAGGCUUUUUUAUGGUACAAGGUUGUGAACGUAUAUCAAAUAAUAGAUCCAUAAGGCGUAACUUCCUUUACUCUAUUUAACCCUUAAACGAUGGAAGCAUUUUACGUAGACUAUUUGCUGUGACGAGUGAAAAUGAGAGUUUUAAAGCAGGAGAGAGUAGUGUAACCAAACUCCCUAUACAGUACACCCAACGAGAACCUUGAGAGGGAAGAUAUUUCACAUGUAAACAGAUGGGAUGUAGCAUUGCCGUGCACUCCAGUUUUUUGUGUUUAUAUUAUUGAUUCAUCAUUAUAGUUUUGUAUGACUGGCCUCUUAUGGUGUACAAUUCAUCAUAAAUUAUAUACUGUCUUCAAUAAUAGAGAAAAAUGAUAUUUAAUUUAUAAUUGGGCCUGAGAACAGCUGUAUCAGAAGGUCACUCUACCAGCCCAGUCAUAUCCUCUCUUCCUUGUGUGAUGUUUCAGGCUAUGUAAUGACAAAUUUCCAUAAGACAGAAACUAUUUAUUAUGAUGAGAAAUAAAAUCAAACGAGAUAUCAAGAUGAAAAUAAUUAUACAGUGAACCCUCACUUUAAGCAGUCAAUUGAACCCACGGAGGCCCGUGUAAAGCGAGAAACGCGUAAAGUGAACAACAUAACAUGUGGAAUUGAAAUAGAGACCGG